UUAGUUGUUUACAGUUAGAUCAAUUUCCUUAUUUUGCUUAUUAAAUAAUAUGGUAACUUGACUACUCAUUGUGUUUAUUACUUGGGAUUUAUUUAUCCGAAAAACAUAAUUAAUCCUCAUUUCGUCAGAAACAUAUACUAUCAAUUGUUCGUUGGGUCACGAAGUGGAAUUUGUAAUAUCUGUGGUUUAUAUGUCGAUUUUCGUUUAAUUGGUGGUCAAAGUGGUCAUCAAAUGAAAAACAUUUAGUUUUCAAAAUUAUAGUAAAAGUUGCAGCAUUGAUUUAAAAUUCAAUCAAGCCACUUUACAUUGCCAGGAAAUUUUUUGUUAAUGCCUACAUGUACAAAAUCAACAAGUGACAGGGGAGAAACAUAGUAUCGAGAAAAAGCAUUGACAGUACAUUAACCUAGAGAAAUCUGUGGGAUAGAAUAGUUAUACAGUCGAAGCUAAGAAUUGACGUUUGGCUCCAGUCACUUUCACAUUAAUGAAAUGGUAAGAAGUCAUCGCGAUAACAUGGACGUUAACUGUAGCAGUGGACCUACUAACGGUUUAAAAUCAGUGGUAGAAAGUGAAAUGAGAGCUUUUCAAGAUAUACCACUUACUGCUCUCAGCAAGAAUACAAAGCAGAGAAUUUCAAAUUCAUUAAACAUGAAAAAAAUAAUUCGGUCUGAAGCAGGAUAUAAGCGCGAUUGGAGGGGAUUGGCUGUGUUAGCCUUGCAAAAGAAUUACUGUGAAGAAAAUAUUUUAAGCUCAAGUGACCCCACAGCAAGGGUGCUGCAAUUAUGGUGUAGUAAUAAUCCGAAAACAGCUACAUUCGCUUAUUUAGGGAACUAUCUUGGCAAAAUUGAUCGCUGGGAUAUUUAUUUUGACAUAUAUGAAAAUUUAGUUGAGGAUAGUCAGACCUAUCAACAACAAAGAUCUGAAGUUCUAAGUGAGGACAACUCGGAUGGAACGAAAAAAAAUACAUCUGUCGAUCUUAAUAACCAAUUAGAUUUUUUUUCAAAUUCAAAAAUUUUAACUAAAGAUGACGUGGUUCGCGCACAAAAUAAUUUGCCACCGCAAACUUAUGAUGCUUUCGUUCUGUUUGCUGAAAAGGAUAUAAAUUAUGCUAUAGAAAUGAUCGAUAAGUUGGAAAAUAAUUCUGAGUACCAUCUAAAGCUUUGUAUCAAACAUCGCGAUUUGUUGACGGGGCUUUCGUUUGAACAUGUAGCAUUAAUGGAGUUAAUCCAAGAUCGAUGCAAACAUUUAAUUGUGGUUUUGACAAGAGAAUUUCUUAAGAGUCCCGAAAAUACAUUUUUAGUUAAUUAUACGCAAGCACUUCAGAUACAAAAUAAAAGCAGGAAAAUAAUACCAUUAAUAUAUGAAGACGGUGUCGUUACACCACUUUUGAAGGUUUAUACCCACAUGCGUUAUGGUGUCACGAACAGUUUGUUCGACUUCUGGUCUUCGCUGGCAACCUCCAUUAGCAAUGUUGACUUGUCGUCGCGUGGAAUUUCUUCUAUUACGGCAAACAUUCCUAAAAAACAAUCUGAAACCACAGAAACUCAUUCCUCGCCUACAGUUGCUGCUGUUAAGACACAUAUGCAAAAUGUUAAGGCUGAAGGGAACGAAAAUAUAUCGAAAGGGAAAAAUAUAAAUAGCAAUAUUCUUAUGGAUAAUGCAAGUGAAAACAAUGAUUCCAUUGGGGAAUGGCCCAUCAGCCGCAAAAUCGAGAAUGCAUCCAAUAUGUUAGACUUUCCAGCCAGGUCUAGUACUAGCGGUAAAAAACGGAGAAAAAAGUGGGCGAAUAAUCUCUUUGAAAAAGUUUUUAGUCACAGUACUGCCAAACUAAAGGAAACAGCGUAAUUUAUUCGUUGAAUAUUUUGGCAACUAUGUUACUUUAUGUAUACACGAUAUCUAUAAUAUAUAUGAUUUACUUCGCUUCAAAAUAUAAUGCAAUAUUUUAUUAUU